AUGUCUGCUGCUGGGAAAGAGGGUGCUGUGAAGGCGCCGCUGCCGUUCGGGUACCAGUUUAUCGCCGGGGCGGUGGCCGGCGUGUCCGAGUUGCUCGUGAUGUACCCGCUGGACGUGGUGAAGACGCGGAUGCAGUUGCAGUCGUCUGUGCGGGGCGGCGCUGGCGGGGGGGAGGUGUACAGUGGGCUGGUGGACUGUCUGAGCAAGAUCAUCAAGCGCGAGGGUGCCCGCACGCUGUACAGGGGUAUCUCUUCGCCGAUUCUGAUGGAGGCCCCCAAGAGGGCGACGAAGUUUGCCUUUAACGAGAAGUUCCAGAAGUUGUAUGCCAACGUUGUUGGAUUAGCACCUGGGAAGACGAACCAGGCGAUUUCGAUUCUCGCGGGGGCCAGUGCUGGGAUCACUGAGGCGUUUGUGAUCGUGCCCUUCGAGCUCGUGAAAGUGCGGUGCCAGGACGCAGCAGCGAAAGUGAACGGACCCAUGGAGGUGCUCAAAGCCAUUGUGAAGAAGGACGGUGUGCUAGGGUUGUACAACGGGCUCGAGGCUACCGUUUGGAGACACGCGCUGUGGAAUUCGGGCUACUUCGGGAUUAUCUUCCAAGUGCGGAAGUUACUCCCAGCUGCGAAAUCCAAAUCGGAGAAAGUACGUAACGACUUACUUGCUGGGACUGUAGGUGGUACCAUGGGGUGUAUUUUCAACACCCCCUUCGAUGUCGUGAAGUCCCGGAUCCAGAGCAGCGGGAACUCCGUGGUGGACCCUGCAGACGCAACAAAGACGAUCAAGAAGUACAACUGGUCAGUCCCCGCUGUGAAGACAAUCUACAAAGAGGAAGGGUUUUCCGCACUGUACAAGGGGUUCGUCCCCAAGAUUGCAAGACUGGGACCGGGUGGUGGGAUCCUGCUCAUCGUGUUCGGUACAGUGACCGAGUUCUUCGAGAAAAUGCGAGAGUGA